AAGUCAUUUGAUAAACACCGAUUCUCUCUCUUUCUCUCUAGAACCUUCUUUUUCUCUUUUGCAUUUCGAUUUUCUAUUUUUUUUUUUUGGUGCAGAAAAAAUAGUCGCAAAAAUGGUGAAGGGACCUGGACUUUACUCUGAUAUCGGUAAAAAAGCUAGAGAUCUUCUGUACAGGGACUAUGUCAGUGACCAUAAGUUCACCGUUACCACGUACAGCACAACGGGAGUAGCUAUUACCUCAUCUGGUUUCAAGAAAGGUGAAUUGUUCUUGGCGGAUGUUAGCACCCAGCUGAAGAACAAAAACCUUACCACCGAUGUGAAAGUGGAUACCAAUUCCAAUGUCUACACUACCAUUACUGUUGAUGAACCUGCCCCAGGACUCAAGACAAUAUUCAGCUUCAUAUUACCAGAUCAGAAAUCUGGAAAGGUAGAGCUCCAGUACUUGCAUGAGUAUGCUGGGAUCAACACUAGCAUUGGACUUACGGCAAGUCCUCUUGUCAACUUCUCUGGCGUUGCUGGCAACAAUUCCCUUGCUUUGGGCACUGAUCUAUCAUUUGACACUGCCACAGGCAAUUUCACAAAAUGCAAUGCUGGUCUGAGUUUUACUACUUCUGAUCUGAUUGCUUCCUUAGCAUUGAAUGACAAGGGGGAUACUGUCAGCGCUUCCUACUACCACACUGUGAAGCCAGUGACAAAUACAGCUGUUGGUGCAGAGUUGACUCACAGCUUCUCAAACAAUGAGAACACACUGACCAUUGGUACACAGCAUUUGUUGGACCCAUUGACCACGGUGAAGGCUCGGGUUAACAGCUAUGGUAAGGCAAGUGCUCUCAUCCAACACGAAUGGAGACCAAAAUCCCUCUUUACAAUAUCUGGUGAAGUGGACACCAGGGCAAUUGAGAAGAGCGCCAAGAUUGGGUUGGCUGUAGCCCUCAAGCCAUGAGUUUGUUGCUCCCUUACAGAAAAGCGAGUGAAGCAGUGUCAUAUUGUAUGGUCCAGAGUAAUAAAUUAGAUAGGUUUCAGCACAUUGUUCUUCUGCGCCAGUAAGAAUAACCUGCAACUGGUAAUGCAAACCCAUGAAUUUUUGCUUAUAUCCAUCCUAAAUGUUGAUUGAGGGACUGGUUUCUUAACCUUUCA